CUUGUCAUUGUCAUUGUCAAUUUCUUAAUUACCGAUUUCCCAUUUUUAUCUAAUUGGUAAUGGAUUCUAGUUUUAAAUUCAUUGAAAUUAAUUGAUAAAAGAUUAAAUCAAAUUAUCAAAACAAAAAAGUGCGUACAAUUAUAGAGAGAAUUUAAAAAAUAUCUAAGAACCUAUGUAAAGCAGCAAACAAUUAACAUUCUCAAAGAACGAUCUAUUUUGUUAUUUUUUUUGCUUAAAUUACAACAAAUUAAACAAUGGGUGAAGUUUCAUUAGAGACAUCCGCAUAUGCUAAAAUAAUCUUGCACGCGGCAAAGUAUCCGCAUUCGGCUAUAAAUGGAGUCCUUCUUGCCGACGGAACGAAGAUCAGGGAUGGAGCUAAAAAUCAGGACUUGGAUAUCGUAGAUACCAUUCCCCUUUUUCAUCACAGCCAUAACUUAUCACCUAUGGCUGAAGUUGCAUUAACACAGAUUGAAACUAUGGCUCAAUCGGACAACCGUAUCAUAGCUGGCUACUAUGCAGCAUGUGAGAACUUCAGAGACAACACUGUGGAAAAGUGUCCUGGACAAAAGAUAGCUGAGAAAAUUGUUGAACAUUUCCCAUCAGCUGUGUUCAUUGUGGUGAAUAACAAAAAGGUUGUGCAGCAUUUAGACUCCCCAGCGAUUAACUUGUACAAGUACAGUGAGGGCAAGUGGAAGCUAAAGGAUGCUAAUAAAGUGAUGUUCCAUACACCUUAUGCAUUUGUAACAGUGUCGCAUUUACUAGAACGGGGCGUUCAAAAAGAUUUAGUGGACUUUGAUAACUAUUUGGAUGACCUGUCACAAGACUGGACCAACCUGGGCAUAGAGAAGCUGAUUGCGAGCAUAAACGCAUCCAAUACAAUUGAUUGCAAGGAAAAAGAUUAUCGAUAAUGUAAGAUUUAACUUUGUAGUUCAAUUUUAAGUAACUAUGGGAUAUAACUGUAUAUUAUAAUAAGAUGUUAUUUUCAAAAAGUUACUGUAUGAAUUUCAUUCUACUAUUUAAAAAACAUACAAAACUGUAAUAAAUGUAACUACCUAAUCAUCCAUAGAAUAAAUCAACUAAUUCUAUGUAAGUGUGCCACAUUUUAUUUGAAAGAAUAAUAUAUGACAUUGGCAUAUAAGUUUUACGUAAAUUUAAAAAAUGUGUGUGUGAUUUUUUUAUUUGUAUUUAUGAUCUACAAUUUAUUAAAUUCCGUUACAAAUCCAUAGAUAAAAAUAAAUAUGUUUUAAGAAAAGUUUGAGUUGGUUCGAGUUACCUAUAUUCUUAGGGAGUAAUUGUAUGUUUCACGUGGAUUGAAUGAAUGAAGUAAUAUUUCUCAAUUUCGGUAUUUUUUCCAAAUUCACCCGGAUGUCGUGUUUCUCGCUAGGUUAUUUAAGUUGGAAACAACACUUGGUAAGCUCAUUAAAUUCCCGUUAAUUUAUAUGUAUAAAACAAUGUAAAAAUAAAAACACAUGUUUCAUAAAUAGUAUAUAACAUGUAAAAGUAAUUUGUUCUAAAAUUGUUAUUUUUUGCAAUUGUUGGUUGUUGGUUAUUUUCAUUCCUUAGUUUGAAAUUAUAAUAAUUAUAAUCGUAACUUAUGUACUAUAUUUAAUAUUUUCAGUUGUUAUUUACAAAACAAAUUAUACUACUUAUUAUAGUAAAAUAUUGUGAAUUUAUGACAAGCUAUUAUUAAAGUAAUCUUCUAUAAGUU